UCGUCGCUCUCGCUCGCUCGUCGUGAAUCGCCGCCGUGCCUGGGGCUCGUUGAGCGGUGUCAUCAUUCGCGUCGUCGCGAAAACCGAUCCUGAAUUACAUCCAGCGGCAGUCACAGGGAGACCCGUUGCCACGACCACGAGUACCGCCUAUGCGAUGACGGAAGCGGUCAACUCCGGAGCGCUCGUACGCUCAAGCAACGGCCAAGUUUCGAACCAAGCUCAGGAUGCGGCCCCAGCACACAACAAUGAAAACCAGGAAAACGUUCAACAGGCGGCACCGCAGCCACAGCCGGCCUUCUCCUAUUGGUCCGUCUUCAAGGGCCUGCUGUUUCGCGCGGCCAUCAUAUACUUCAUGACCAGCUGGUUUCGAGGCCAGCCGGCCAAUCAGAACACGGGCGGUGGGAGCGGUCCACCCGGCGCCACGCCAGCGUCCUCUAAUCUGUACCCAAAUGGAACGGUCAUGGAUAUGUACAUGUACAUCUCGGAAGACUCAACCUUUAAAAGCUUUGACGACCCCGAAGCCCUGGUUUGGAAGGAGCCGGGCCUCGUUUACGGUGACUGGUAUGGUGGACCGAACGGGGACUCUGUUUAUACGAAGAACAUGAGGUUUAGGCCAUCGGAGAGAGUCAAAAACAACGGCACUAUCUUUUUGCACGUCUUCUUCGUGCUGAACGGCUACUCGCCUGAUCCCAAAGCUGAAAAGGACUACUCCCAGACGCACACAGUCUACCGCAAGAAGCAGCUAAACAAGUACAAGAAGUUGCGCUACAAGCGGACCCAGAACUUGCUCACUGGCGAAACGGCUGCUACACCAGAAAUGGUAGAGAAAGCAGAGGCCAUGAAAGAAGAAAUUUUGUCCCACUGGCAUCCAAACCUGACCGUGAACAUCAUAGUCGACCACACUCCAUGGACGCAGGGUCAGGUGCCGAUGCCUGUCGACCAGUAUGUCGAGUUUGAACCAACGACAGGAAAGUACUACCCCAUUGUGUACAUCAACGACUACUGGAACCUUAUCCGAGACUACCAGGCCAUCAAUGAAACAACAGAGUGGCUUGACCUUCAGCUGACUUUCCAGCCGCUGAGCAUGUUCCGGUGGCAGCUGUACGUGGCGCAGGGCAUGCGGUCGUUCUCCUUCUUUGGCCAGGACCUGAUGGAGGAGUCCGAGGAGGACAAAGACUCCCUCAAGGAGGCCUUCCUCGAGACGUCUCCCUACCUGCUGGCUGUCACGGUCGUCGUCUCCCUGCUGCACAGCGUGUUUGAGUUCCUGGCCUUCAAGAGCGACAUCCAGUUCUGGCGCAACCGCAAGAGCCUGGAAGGUCUGUCGGUGCGUUCGGUGUUCUUCAAUGUGUUCCAGUCCGCUGUGGUGCUCCUCUACAUCCUGGACAACGACACCAACACCCUGGUGCGGCUCUCGGUGUUUGUCGGCCUGCUCAUCGACAUCUGGAAAAUCCACAAGGUGGUGAACAUUACUGUGGACAGAGAAAACAAGCUUUUUGGAGUGUUCCCUCGGAUUCGCAUGGCCGACAAGUGCACCUACGUAGAAUCGUCAACACGGGAAUACGACAUGAUGGCGUUCAAGUACCUGUCUUGGGCGCUGUUUCCCCUGUUGGCGGCCUACUGCGUCUACUCGCUCAUGUACCUCGAGCACAAGAGCUGGUACUCCUGGGUGCUCGGUGUCAUGUAUGGCUUCCUGCUUACAUUUGGCUUCAUUAUGAUGACACCACAGUUGUUCAUCAACUACAAACUCAAGUCAGUGGCCCACUUGCCGUGGCGCAUGCUGACGUACAAGUUUCUCAACACUUUCAUCGACGACAUAUUCGCCUUCGUCAUCAAGAUGCCCACCAUGUAUCGGCUCGGCUGCUUCAGAGACGACAUUGUGUUCCUAAUAUUCCUGUACCAACGCUGGAUCUACCGCGUGGAUCCGACGAGAGUCAACGAGUUCGGGACAAGUGCGGUGGACGACGCCACGCCGGAGAUGGCAGCCGCUGCGGAGCAGCCCAAUGGAGCGCUUCCAACGGCGGAAGCGGGAGACGACUCCACGUCCGAAAAGCCCGAGGAACUGAAAAAGAACGAGUGAUCCCGCCAUCCGUCACCGCGUCCUAGUUGUCUCAGUGUGUUCCAUUGAAUCUUUUGUUUUUGCAAGAGACUCCUUGUUUUUACAUUAUGUAAAAUGUGUUCAUUUGCCAAAAAAAAGUCGUGACACGAGAGAGCCUUGGCAAGAGCGAAGGUGUUUCAUGUGUUCCAAGAAGCUUCCUCUCGUGAUUGUAAUGUUACACAUAAAAAAAGACUGUUGCAGUGGAGAUGUAUAAUGAAAGUGGUGCAUUGUGAACUUAAAGAAAACUGUGCCUCGUGUCGUCACCAGUAAAAAAAAAAAGGAACACCUUUCUGCACAAAACUGUGAUGUCAAGAUAUUUUUUUUAAACAUUGCGUUUUGUGCCUUGUUAAGAAAUUAAGUCUUUUUGUUCUAUUGAUUAAUGAAAACAGGUUUAUUGCUUUUAGCUACUUUGUUUUGUUGAGCUCUCUUUCACUGAUGGAUUUUUUUUUCUGGAGUUUAAUACUAAUGACAGCCAACCAAUAGCGAAAGUUAUUGACUUUCGAGGCGUAUGGUACAGCUUUUCCCAAUAUAAAAGUGAAUCACGCAGUAAACUUUCCCAAAAGAAACCUAGUUGUGUCGUAGGUGAAUAACCUCGGGUAAUUUUAAAGUGUGCCAUUAAGGCUGUUCUAAUUGGCUCAAAUUAAAUUACUUUUCUCUCGAGUGGUGGCAGUGAUCGCCUUCAACCUGUGAAGCACCACAGGCACUCUGUAGUGGCAUGAAACAGCAUUAAUAAAAACUGUUUUUGUACGUAGGUUAUGUGCAGGAUUAUGUAAUGUUCAGGUGCACUUGUGUUGGGCAGCAGAGCAAACCACACGGAAGUCUGCAUACAGGUAGAGUGUGAGGGACACAUUCAAAACAAAAACAUUACGAGCUUCUCUGCAACAUUCUUAACAUGCCAUGUGUGUUAUAUAUGAGGAGUCGUAGGUUGGCAAGUCGCAUUGCUUGAAAGGCAAUGUUUUGCGGUAAUGCUUGCUUGCCAUGUUUGAAUGUCUCCCUCGGCAAGUGAAAUAAAAAUUUGCGAUCGUGGGUGUAGAUAGCACACUGAUCUCUCUUGUCGAUAGUCUGCAUUUUGUUUUUGAUGAUGUGACUGCACUGCUUAAAGUGUGGGUUGAGAAAAAAAUGCUUUCUUGUGUACAUAGAAUCUGUUGUAUGUAGUGUAAAAACAUAAUGCCAAAAGAACUGCUCGACUCCUCAUCCAGAACCUGGUUUUUAUGUUAAAACUCGGUUGAAGUUUGUUUUAUGCUACAUCUUUUUGUACACCCAUGUUCACCGUUCCAACGACUGCAUAAUUAAAAACAAGCCCCAUGCCAGCA